AUGAUAUCUGCAACUGGCCAGUCGACAGCUGCUGUGGAGAGCGACAUCCGCGAUAAACCCAAGGAAAACCGCCAUGCGAUUAAUGAAAAUAAUCACAAUAAGCAAAUCGCAUUGCACGUAGCUGUAAAAUACAGGCACCGUAAGGUUGUGUUGGUGUUAUUGGGAGUCCGAAAUCCCGAAGCGGAACCAGACCGUGUCCGCAUUGCGAAAGAGGUAAUCGCCGAGGGUGUAAAUGAGCUGGACAAGAACGACCAAACGGCGCUGCAUUUAGCAGUAGAAAGAAAAGACAAAGACAUUCUGCAAAACCUGUUAAAGGCGGGCGCACGGGCUGAUAUAAGUGGCAAAACAAACUUAACUGCACUUGGAAUGGCGGCAGAGAGGAACCUGGACAACAUUGUUGAAAUCCUUUUGAAAAACAAUGUGCAAAUCGACGCCGUCGCGGAUGAGAAGGUGUUGGAUCUAGUCUACCGCCGGUUAAGCAACACAGGGGACCCACAAAGACUGAAAGACAUACAAGAUAUAUUAUGCUUACUGCUUACAAAGAGUACUGCCGCCGUAGGUGGCUCCGCACUUAGGGUUCUCUACCAGGUGAUGGAACUUCAUAGUACGGGGGACCCAGUGGACACAAUUGCCCAGCUGAGGAUAGUCCAAUGUUUCCUGAAUAAGGGGGCCAACAUGAACUCCCGCGUCCCUAAUAGGAGCGACAACUGCACAUUCAUAGAGUUAGCUGAACUCAGGGGACAUACGAAGUUGGUCAAGCUAAUGCGUGGAUACCGCAGCCAAGGCACAUGAGAGUUACUGAUUGAGGCCCAUAAAGCAUCGAACCGCAGAGUUGCACCACCAUUGACUGAUAAUCAGGUUUACAUCUGGCGCUCCCCUAGCCCCAGCUCGCAGGACCACCGCCUACCCACAUAUUGGAUGUUAGGAAGACUGAUUUAGAGAGA